AUCCAGUAUGAGCUGCUAACAGAAGAUAGUGUUCUUCUAUUACAAUAUUCACAAUUAAGUCAUAGCGUGCAACGAGUUAUUUUACUAGCUACUAACAGCACUAACAUCAUUGGGCUAGUAUCGCCAAUAUCAAGUAAGCAUCUUUAAGGAGGUUGUCAUGCAGCGCCCCUAACGGGAAACGCUUUUACUUCGUAGAUGAGAAUAAGCCAGAACGGCUCGGUGUGGUGCGACGUGCGAGUUGAGUUUGAGCAGUUUGAGUGCGUGUAGUGUCUGGGUGCGUUAUAGGGCGCCUAGCUACAGUUAAUUUAGUUUUCGGGCGACCAAUGUUAACCUGACCCCCCACAACUGUUCAUCUAGACGGCCUGGAUUGCAACAAGGGCUCGGGGGCGACCGCUACCGGAGCCGCAAACAUAUUGGACCAGGCAGAAAAUCUUGCAUUAAGAAAUGGCUACGAUAGACGGCCGUCCCGCACAAUAUGGAAUCACCCUCAAACAGCUACGUGACCUUAUGGAACAUAGAGGUCCAGAUGGGAUAGCAAAAAUUCAAGAAUUAGGUGGGACACAAGAAAUAUGUAAAAAAUUGUACACAUCGCCCAGUGAAGGACUUAGCGGAUCACAAGUUGACCUCGAACACAGAAGAGAAACAUUUGGAUCAAACUCAAUUCCUCCAAAACCACCAAAAACAUUUUUGCAAUUAGUGUGGGAAGCUUUACAAGAUAUAACUCUUAUUAUUCUAGAAGUAGCAGCCAUAGUGUCUUUGUUGCUUUCUUUCUAUCAACCAUCUGCAGAAGAGACAGCAUUUGAGGAUGAUGAAACAAGUCAUGGGUGGAUAGAAGGUCUAGCUAUAUUAAUUUCAGUUAUAGUGGUAGUAUUUGUAACAGCUUUUAAUGAUUAUACAAAAGAAAGACAAUUCAGAGGGCUACAAAGUCGAAUAGAGGGAGAACACAAAUUUUCCGUUAUAAGACAAGGAGAAGUUAAGCAAGUCUCUGUCAGUGAUAUAGUUGUAGGUGAUAUUUGCCAAAUUAAAUAUGGUGAUCUUUUACCGGCUGAUGGAGUUUUGAUUCAAUCCAAUGACUUAAAGAUAGAUGAGUCUUCGCUGACAGGCGAAUCUGACCAUGUGAAAAAGGGUGAAAGUUUCGAUCCCAUGGUAUUAUCUGGUACUCAUGUUAUGGAAGGUUCUGGUAAAAUGUUGGUAUCUGCUGUUGGAGUAAAUUCUCAAGCUGGUAUUAUUUUUACACUUUUGGGAGCUGCUGUUGAUCAACAAGAAGCAGAAAUAAAAAAAAUGAAGAAAGGUACUAUUUUUUUAUUUAUGCUUACGUACGUAUUGCAGAAAAUGAUGAAAGACAACAAUUUGGUAAGGCAUUUGGAUGCCUGUGAAACUAUGGGCAACGCUACAGCUAUUUGUUCGGAUAAAACUGGUACGUUAACAACAAAUCGAAUGACUGUUGUACAGUCCUAUAUAUGUGAACAGCUCUGUAAAACGAUGCCUAAAUUUUCUGAUAUACCUGGUCAUGUCGGCGAACUAAUAAUUCAGGGAAUUGCUGUGAAUUGUGCAUAUACAUCACGCGUUAUGCCUCCAGACGAAGUGAACGAACUGCCAAAACAAGUUGGUAACAAAACGGAAUGCGCUUUGUUAGGAUUCGUGCAAGGGUUAGGAAAAAACUACCAGACGAUUAGAGAUGACUAUCCAGAAGAGACCUUUACAAGGGUAUACACUUUCAAUUCUGUAAGGAAGUCCAUGAGCACUGUUAUACCUCGUGCCGAAGGAGGUUAUAGAUUAUUUACUAAGGGUGCUUCAGAAAUUAUAUUACACAAGUGUGCCUUCAUUUAUGGUCAUGAUGGCCGUCUGGAAAAGUUCACACGAGAUAUGCAAGAAAGGUUAUUAAAGCAAGUAAUUGAACCGAUGGCUUGUGACGGUUUGAGAACUAUAUGUAUCGCCUUCAGAGAGUUUGUACCUGGCAAAGCUGAAAUCAAUCAGGUACACAUAGAGAAUGAACCCAACUGGGAUGACGAAGACAAUACAGUCAACAACUUAACAUGCUUAUGUGUCGUUGGCAUUGAGGACCCUGUACGUCCAGAGGUACCUGAUGCCAUUAAGAAAUGUCAAAAAGCUGGUAUUACCGUGAGAAUGGUUACUGGUGAUAAUGUGAAUACUGCUAGGUCGAUAGCAACAAAAUGCGGAAUCGUCAAACCUAAUGAAGACUUCCUCAUAUUAGAAGGCAAAGAGUUCAACAGAAGGAUUCGUGAUAGUACUGGGGAAGUGCAGCAGCACCUGCUCGAUAAAGUUUGGCCUAAAUUACGAGUUCUUGCUCGGUCAUCACCAACUGACAAAUAUACAUUGGUAAAGGGUAUUAUCGAUAGUAACAUAAGUGACAACAGAGAGGUCGUAGCGGUGACCGGUGACGGUACCAAUGACGGGCCUGCUCUUAAGAAAGCCGACGUUGGAUUUGCUAUGGGUAUUGCUGGUACUGACGUGGCAAAGGAAGCAUCUGACAUUAUUUUAACUGACGACAACUUCAGUAGCAUCGUAAAGGCUGUUAUGUGGGGUCGGAAUGUAUACGACAGUAUAGCUAAAUUUUUACAGUUUCAGCUUACCGUCAAUGUUGUUGCUGUUAUUGUAGCUUUCAUUGGUGCUUGUGCUGUCAAAGACAGUCCACUCAAGGCUGUACAAAUGUUAUGGGUAAACUUAAUAAUGGACACCUUGGCUUCUCUAGCUUUAGCAACAGAAUUGCCUACUGACGACUUGUUACUUAGGAAGCCAUAUGGUAGAACAAAACCGCUGAUUUCUAGAACGAUGAUGAAAAAUAUUUUAGGGCAAGCAAUCUACCAGCUAGCUGUAAUAUUUUCAUUACUUUUUGUAGGUGACCAACUCUUGGAUAUUGAAUCGGGUAGGGAAAACAUUGGAAAAGGACCAACUCAACAUUUCACCGUAAUAUUUAAUUCCUUCGUCAUGAUGACUCUUUUCAAUGAAUUUAAUGCUAGAAAGAUUCACGGACAGAGGAAUGUUUUUGAAGGAAUAUUUACUAAUCCUAUAUUCUAUACCAUUUGGAUUGGAACUUGCUUUGCACAGGUGCUAAUUAUCCAGUAUGGUAAAAUGGCUUUCUCGACUAAGAGUUUAUCCUUGGAACAGUGGCUGUGGUGUCUGUUUUUCGGAGUAGGAACUCUUCUGUGGGGUCAGCUUGUCACCACAGUUCCGACACGUAAAAUACCAAAGAUUCUUUCAUGGGGCCGCGGACAUCCCGAGGAAUACACGGAAGCCAUCGCUAUCGGUGAGGAGAAGUUCGACCUAGACUCUGACAAAAAGCCUCGUGCCGGGCAAAUCUUAUGGAUCAGAGGGUUAACCAGACUGCAAACACAGGUGAUAGGUGGUGAAUUACAAGAACGUUUGAUUCCGGUUCCAUACAGCAAGAGCUCGACUGACCAAGCUAUCCGAGUAGUUAAUGCUUUCCGACAGGGCCUAGAUGCUCGGUAUGGCGAACACAGCAAUACUUCCCUAGCUGAGGUACUCCGCAAACAGACAUCUCUCUCAAAGAGGUUGUCUCAAACUUCUUCCAUUGAGUAUGCCGAUAACAUCCCAGAUGAGUUGACGAUACCAGAAAUAGAUGUGGAGCGAUUAUCCUCUCAUAGUCACACCGAGACGGCUGUUUAGCUCCUUAACAGCAAGCGUCACCGUCACCACCAAGUAGUCCCGUUGCCGCGCUACCCACCUGUCCCUGCUCUACUCCGCUCCACUCCGAUCCCAUCGUCAAUCUAAAAAAAAAAUAACUAUCAGCAUAUCUGCUGCUAUGCCCAAUUACUAUCCACCACAAUUGUAGUUGUGCACCAAAUAAUUAUGACGUUAUUAUACUGUAUAACUGCUGUGGCAGGGUAGAGCAGCUUGAGUAGGUGCUGUUGAACUAUCCCCAACCAUUCUUAUUUUCGCUCACAAAGAUCGAGCCGAAUCGUAUCUGCCACGUAUAGCUCCUGAAAAUACGUUGCACACUGUUUGUUCGUUGAUUUGUUAUUUAGUGGUUUUUUGUCUCGUACAAUCGAAAGAACAGGAUGCUGUGCUGUCGAUAUGAACUAAAAGAUUAGCAAUAAAUGAGUGAUCGAGAGCUCGCUCAUAGCGUAAAAUUAGGUGCCUAGGUGGGGUCCUUGUGAAUAUGAGGAUCUCACAAAGACGAGGGCAUGUGGACCUAGCCGUGCACGUUGACGAGGUUGUCGCGCACAUCGGAAUACAGCUUUUUCUUUUUUUUUUUUUCUAUUUUUACACAAAAAAACUUACAUAGUGAGCCGGCGUCGUGGCUUAACCUACCCACCAAAACUAGUCAAGUUUGCAUGUCCUCGUCUCAUUUUUGCGACCUGCCGCCCCACGUCGCUUCCUUCCAUUGGGGACGGCGGAACGCCUUAUUUUUAACAGUAGAAAUCAGAUGUUGUCUGCCAAAUGUUUGAGGGAAAGUUGUAGUCGAAAGUAGGUAGAUAGUAUUUAUAAAUAUAAUGGUAUAGUCACUUAUGCACUACAGCUUUCCCUCACCUUCAUUCUAUUAUAUUAUAACUUAGGUCUAAAUAUACAGUUAUGUAGAUAGAUUAGAGUGAAAUUUAGAAAUAUAAAUUUAAUUAUAUAUACAUACAUAUAUAGGUUUAUAUAUAUAUAUAUAUAUAUGUGUGUGUGCGUGCGUGCGUGCGUGCGUGCGUGUGGGUGUGUGCGGGUGUGCGUGCGCGCGUGCGCGUGUGCGUGCGUGUGUGCGUGUGUGUGUGUGUGUACAUACAUUACAUGAAUAUUUGAAAACUUGUAUGAGGUGUUGCCACACCUCGCUGGUUAAUUUGUUUUAUACAUGUGUACUUGAUUAAUUAAUAACAAACAGUACAGUACUAUAAAUAUUACCAAUUAAUACAUAGUAUUUAAUAAGCUGUGUAUAAUAACAUGUCGGAUCGACAGGCUACGUCUAACCAGAAAUUAUUUGUUGUCUAGUCACGGCUCUGGUACUUAGAUGCCCAAGUUGUAUUGUUUUGGCCUUCUUACACUAUCACAUAGCAGUCUAAAUAAUAGACUCUAUUCUUAAAUCGGUGAUAGAUUCAUAGAGUGAUUUUUAAUUACCAUUGCAACAGUACUUGCAUCUGUAGCUUGGAAGUGGCCUGUGUUUCUGGCCUGUUCACGCACACAUUUAUACACUACUCCGUAUCGGAUUUUUUGAUUGGCCGGAACCUGUUGCCAAAUCAGGAAAACUAUUAUUAAAUGUAUACUUAAUCCUGAACCUUUACAGCGAACGCACACAUUCGCUGUGGACCUGAUUCUUAACCUCCUGAUUAUGGCAAGACGCUCCAGUUUUAACCAUUCGACCCGCUAUGUCAAUCACACAUUCGUUUUUUGGAUUCGUGUCCUGUCGCCUUAGCGGAAUGACUCUUGCCUUAGCGAAUGUGGUCCAUCAUGGCACCCUCCUGAUGGACCAUGUUCUCUUUACUCCUACUUAUCUAUUGUAAUUAAUAGUUCAUAAUUUAACUAUGUUCAUCAUCUAUUUACCUGUGGUUCGUCACCCCUUACUUGUCAACUCCAUACACUUCUAGUUGAUCAACGAACCUAUCUCUUGGCAUAAUAUGUAGCUAUAAGAUAGUUGUACAAGAUCGUUUUAAUACGUGAUUUUGUUUGUGUUCCCAACCAUACACCAACCUAGAUUUUCUUUAUUAUUACUAUUACUAUUAUUAUUAUUAUUAUUACUAUUAUUGAUGGGGUGUUAUAUACAAGUGUUGGUGAAGUGUUCUCCUCAGUUAGCAUUCACUCGGCGCCACCAUCACAAAAAUAAAUGUAAUAAAAUGCUACAAAAACAAAGAAAAUCCUAUUUAUCUAUGCCAAACAUUGUGACGUGGCAUUUCAGUUGAAUGUUGUUAUUUGUAAUUUAUAAUGGUACAAUAUUAAAUCGUUAAUUUGUUAUAAUUGUUAUUUUAUAUGAUGUAAACACAAUCGCCUCUCGCGUUCUGGUGCCAUUGGCUGGUCAGUGGCAAAAGAUCGAAUUACAUGGGAUUGGAGUAUGGUCAUGAUUCAUGGCUGACCAUUCUACCUAUCCAUUCAAAUUUUAUUGUCUGUCUGAUGUGCUUUUAUUUAUAUAAUAAAGGUAUUUUGAGCUUUAAAUUUAAAGAGAGGUGAAUGACGUACCUAUUACCUAUUGUUAAGGUAUUUUAAUGGUUCCAUUUCAGGAUCAACUGCGUUUUAUUUUUGUGAAUGGCUUUUUUUAUCAUUGUUCCUUUUAUCAAAUAUUUUUCGACUUCAUGUAAAUGUUAGUUCUUCAACUUUGUAAUAUAAUUUAAGGAAAUUACAAAAUGCUACGAAUAUUUUCAUAUUAAACAUAAAUUUUAAAAUAUAAUCACGCAUAUAUAAUUAA